GUUUUGAUGUUGAAGCUUGUGGUUGUGUCUUCUCAUGACUAUGGAGAUGCUUUGACAAAAAGUAUACUGUUUUUUGAAGGUCAGAGGUCCGGAAAAUUGCCUCCUAACCAACGAGUCACUUGGAGGAAGGAUUCGGCUCUUCGUGAUGGCAUUGAGUUUGGUGUUGAUUUGGUGGGUGGCUACUAUGACGCCGGUGACAAUGUGAAGUUCAGUUUUCCAAUGGCGUUCACCACCACCAUGCUUUCAUGGAGUGUGCUGGAGUUCGGAAAAGACAUGGGCUCCGACCUUCCCUACGCCAUGGACUCGAUCCGAUGGGCCACCGAUUACUUACUCAAAGCCACUUCUGUCCCUGGCUUUGUUUUUGCUCAGGUUGGCGACCCCUACGCCGACCAUUUCUGCUGGGAACGACCCGAAGAUAUGGAUACGCCGAGGACUCCUUACGCUGUCAGCAAGCAGUUUCCUGGCUCUGAAGUGUCCGCUGAGAUCGCUGCUGCGCUCGCGGCCUCCUCCAUUGUGUUUAAGCCUCUUGAUGGAGGUUACUCUGCUAGGCUUCUUAAAAGGGCUAGAAUGGUUUUUGAGUUUGCAGAUACUUAUCGAGGGUCUUACAACGACAGUCUUGGACGAUGGGUUUGUCCAUUUUAUUGUAGCUAUAGUGGCUAUGAGGACGAAUUGAUAUGGGGAGCUGCUUGGUUAUACAAGGCAACAAAGUCUGCAUUUUAUUGGAACUAUAUCACUAAAAACAUCAACAAAAUAGAGAACAACAACAACAAUUAUGCUGCUGUUGAUCAUAAUAAUGUGAUUAACUCUAAAAAUAAUAAUAAUGCCUUUCAACGUUAUUCUAGUGGUACCUUUGCUGAGUUUGGAUGGGAUACCAAAUAUGCUGGGAUUAAUGUCCUCAUUUCCAAGUUUGUGAUGAGUGGAAAUGGUUCUUCUUCCAGUAUGUUUAUUAAUUAUGCUGAUAAGUUCAUAUGCUCAGUUCUUCCUGAAUCCCCCUCUCCAUCAGUUUCUUACUCACCAGGUGGACUUCUAUUCAAACCUGGAGGAAGUAACAUGCAACAUUCAACAGCCUUAUCAUUUCUUGUUGUUGUUUAUUCAAAUUACUUGAAUCAAUACAAACGAACUCUUCAUUGUGGAAAUGUUGUAGCCUCUCCAUCUCGUCUUCUACAACUUGCCAAGACCCAGGUGGAUUACAUACUAGGAAGCAACCCAUUGGGGAUGUCCUAUAUGGUGGGUUAUGGCAAAAAGUUCCCACAAAGGAUUCACCAUCGUGGCUCAUCAUUGCCAUCCAUGGCCAACUAUCCACAGGCCAUUGGAUGUGCAAAAGGGAAACAGUAUUUUCAAAGCAACAAUCCAAACCCUAAUUUGCUAAUUGGAGCUGUUGUUGGAGGACCUGAUUUCAAAGAUUCUUAUGCAGAUUCGAGAGUUGAUUUUGUUUAUUCUGAACCAACUACUUAUAUUAAUGCUCCUCUUGUUGGUCUCUUGGCUUACUUCAAAUCUCAUCCUAAUUCAUAGAAACAUUAUUUGG